CCCAGACCUCAGGUUCUGUUCUACUAUGGAGACUACAACCUGCAAUGGAUCAGUAGAUGGCUCUACUGUCUUCUACCUGGUGGGCAUUCCCUCCCUGCCAGAGCCCUUCUACCUCCCUGUCUUCUUUCUUUUCCUUCUGUUCUACCUUCUCAUCCUCAUGGGGAACACCCUGAUCCUGGUGGCUGUGGUGGCCGAGCCCAGCCUCCACAAGCCCAUGUACUUCUUCCUAAUCAACCUCUCAGCUCUAGACAUCCUCUUCACCACCACCACUGUCCCGAAGAUGCUGUCCCUACUCCUGCUGGGAGACCGCUUCCUCAGCUUCCCUGCCUGCUUAUUGCAGAUGUAUCUAUUCCAGAGCUUUACAUGCUCAGAAGCCUUCAUCCUGGUGGUCAUGGCCUAUGACCGCUACGUGGCUAUCUGCCGCCCUCUGCACUACCCCGUCCACAUGACCCCACAGACAAACACUGCCCUGGCAGCCAGUGCCUGGAUCACCGCCCUCCUCCUGCCUGUCCCAGCAGUAGUAAAGACCUCUCAGAUGGUAUAUAAUGACGUCGCCUACAUCUACCACUGCUUCUGUGACCACCUGGCUCUGGUCCAGUCCUCUUGUUCUGACACCACACCCCAGACACUCAUGGGCUUCUGCAUAGCCAUGGUGGUGUCCUUCCUCCCCCUCCUCCUGGUGCUCCUCUCCUAUGUGCGAAUCCUGAUCUCAGUGCUUCGGAUCAACUCCAAGGAAGGGCGUUCCAAAGCCUUCUCCACCUGCAGCUCCCACCUCCUGGUGGUGGGCACCUACUACUCGUCCAUUGCCAUAGCCUAUGUGGCCUACAGGGCUGAUCUGCCUCUGGACUUCCACAUCAUGGGGAACGUGGUCUAUUCGAUUCUCACACCAAUCCUCAACCCUCUUAUCUAUACUUUGAGGAACAAAGAUGUCAAAGCGGCCAUUACCAAAAUUGUUUAUCUCAAAAGUGUGAUGUGAAUAUUUGACCUCUCAACGUAGCUAACUCUGCCUCCAGGAUUCUAACUACUAUGUUUAACUCAGAGAAAAACACUUGGAGUGGUCCAGUGCUCAGAGUAGAAACUCAGUAAAUACUACAAAAUGGCCAAAUUAAUGAAUGUAAUGUUGUGUAAUAAAAAAUUCACUCAAGCGAACAGGCUUCUCUUCAAUCCUCAUAACUUGGUUCAUGGCUUUUCCUCUGUGCAGUGAGAUAAUGUUAACCUUUAUGUUUUAUAAGAAUCUAAGCUUGUCUAAAAAUUUCACUACUGGAUAAUUCAAAAACAUUUACUGAAGAAAAAAAUUUCAAGCCAAUAAAGAAAAAAAUUUCUGUAUAAGUA